AGGCUGGGAGGCGGUGGGUGCGCGCGCCUGCGCGAGCGGGGCCGUUGGCGGGUGCGGAGGAGCCGCCUGAGGAGAGCGGAGCGGAGCGGACGGGCCGGGCGGCCCCGCGGCUCCGGGGGAGCCCCCUGGGCAGCGGGCCGGGCCUGCGGGGGUGCUGGGACCUCGCUACCGGCCUCCCACCUGCCCGUACAGCGGUUGUAGUGCGAGCGGACGGGAAAUGAAAAUUUAGAAAAGAAUUUGCCAAAUUAAGAAGAUGGGAGCAAAUAGCAGCAGCAUCAGUGAGCUUCCAGAUAAUGAGUACUUAAAGAAAUUAGCAGGAGCAGAGCCCAUCUCUGAGAAUGACCCAUUCUGGAAUCAGCUGCUCUCUUUCAGCUUUACCACUCCAACAAACAGCGCUGACUUGAAGCUGUUGGAAGAAGCCACCAUCUCAGUCUGCAAGUCGUUAGUUGAGAAGAAUCCUCGAACAGGAAACCUUGGCUCAUUGAUUAAAGUCUUUCUUUCUAGAACCAAAGAGUUAAAAAUCUCAGCAGAAUGUCAGAAUCACCUCUUUAUUUGGCAAGCUCACAACGCGCUCUUCAUCAUUUGCUGUUUGCUGAAAGUCUUCAUCAGUCGAAUGUCAGAAGAGGAGCUGCAACUUCAUUUUACUUACGAAGAGAAAGCGCCAGGCUCAUAUGGAACAGAGUGCGAAGACCUCAUAGAAGAGUUGCUGUGUUGCCUCAUCCAACUCAUUGUUGAAAUUCCCCUCCUGGAUAUUACAUACAGCAUUUCCUUGGAGGCGGUGACAACUCUCAUCGUCUUCUUGUCCUGCCAAUUAUUCCACAAAGAAAUUCUCCGCGAGAGCAUCAUCCACAAAUACCUGAUGCAUGGGCGAUGCGUCCCUUACACCAGCAGGCUUGUGAAAACUCUCCUUUAUAAUUUCAUUAGACAAGAGCGGAGCCCUCCUCCUGGCACCCACGUCUUUCAGCAGCAAACCGAUGGGGGCGGCCUCCUUUACGGAAUCGCAUCUGGGGUAGCAACUGGCCUGUGGACAGUCUUCACGCUCGGCGGAGUGGGGAGCAAAGCAUCACCACAGCUGGAACGCUGCUCCCCUCUUGCAAACCAGAGUCUGCUGCUUCUCCUUGUCUUGGCAAAUCUCACCGACGCACCCGAUACGCCCAAUCCCUACAGACAAGCCAUUAUGUCCUUCAAGAACACACAAGAUAGCACUGCUUUUUCCUCAUCAAAUCCACACGCUUUCCAGAUUAAUUUCAACAGUUUGUACACGGCUUUGUGCGAGCAGCAGAAAUCCGACCAGGCGACUCUUCUUUUGUACACACUUCUGCAUCAAAACAGCAACGUACGGACAUACGUGUUGGCACGGACGGACAUAGAGAAUCUUGUUCUGCCAAUUCUUGAAAUUCUCUAUCACGUCGAAGAAAGGAAUUCCCACCACGUUUACAUGGCUCUGAUCAUUUUGCUGAUCCUCACGGAGGACGACGGCUUCAACCGAUCCAUCCAUGAAGUGAUACUGAAAAAUAUCACCUGGUACGCUGAGCGUGUCCUAACAGAGAUCUCACUGGGGAGCCUCCUCAUACUGGUCGUGAUAAGAACCAUCCAGUACAACAUGACCCGGACAAGGGACAAAUACCUUCACACGAAUUGCUUGGCAGCCUUAGCAAAUAUGUCAGCACAGUUCCGCUCGCUUCACCAGUACGCUGCUCAGAGGAUCAUCAGGUUCUACUGUGAGAAUACAAGGAUCCCUGAGAGAAGAAACCACACUCUCCAUAAUGAAAAAGUGUUUUCUGUGCCUAUAAAGAUGGGACUUAAUAUUAAAUAAAGUGUUUUAGGGUGUAGGUUUUUAAAUUAAGUAGCUGUGAAGCACUUAAAAUCUGCUUAGCAAUACCACCAAAUAGACAGUCACAAUUUAAGCCUCACCAGAUGCUCUAAUGAUUCCUUAAUGUGAGAAGUAAUUCCAUUUCCACGCAGCCUUUUUCCUAAUCCUGUUCUGAGCGGGGACGGCCAAUUGUUUGAAAUUCAGAAAACUAGUUAUCUAUGAAAGAAUUAUCUGCGAAUAUUCAAUAUACCGUACUCAAGAGGUCAAUCAAAUACAACUUGGGUCAUUUGUAUCACAAUAAAGCAGAUUUCUGUGGAUACAACUCCAGGUGAUUUAUCUGCAACUCAACCAGCUUGGUUGAUUUUCUACAUUUGCUUUAAAACUGUAGCAAGUUAUCUGUUCAUCUCAACAAACUUUAAUCACCAUGUGGUGCUCUGGCUGGUGAAUUUGUUACUUCGAAAUACUUGUGUUGUUUUUUACCCUGUGUCCUUUGCUUUGGAUGCCUUAGAUUUUAGCAAUAAAUUCUCCUCAGCGUGGUUGACAUAGCCUCAAAAAUAAGAAUUAAAACCUCAAAGACAUUUUGCUUCUUAACUUUGAAAGAGUUUUGUAGCAUUUCAGGUUGGGGGAGGAAACAUUUGUUAUCUAACCUGGAUAUAAAAUAAUACUGUAUUUAUGAGAAACUGCUUUAUAAUGUGAUUCCCCCCAUGCAGUGCAGUAUAAUAAUGAUAAUUCUAUUUUUGUUAGGUUUUCUAAGUAGAAUGAAUACCAGUGGCUUGUGAGAAAAAGAUAUUAAUGAUAUUCUCAUGUUCAGGUAGUGUUGGCAAAGAGGACAUUGUGGGAAUGGAAGAUCAAACAGCUCCAAGCCACCGAGUUUGAACUUCAGUUUUAAUCCGUGGACUGUCAUUAGUCGAAGUUUUGCACACAACAGGAUAAUGGGAGAGAUGGUGGUGUCAACUGGUCAACCUUGGGUGGCUUUGGCUUUUCCAGAUGCUUUUUAUGCUCUUCAUCCUCCACUGUGUCAUUGCUCCUUUUUAUAUGGAGUUUCUGGAAUCUGUGGAGUGGCUUUUGCCGGGAGACAUAAGUAUUUUAGAAAGAUCUCGAAACAGUUAAAGAAAAGAAACAUAUGCUAGCCGUAUUAGUAGCUUGUUGACCUAGAUUAGCCGCGGAGAAGCUUAUAAGCUGAUCAGCCAGUCCAAAAUUGGGAGGUGUCAUCGCAAUUAGUAGGAAAGGCGGUGACAAAAGGCAAGACAACUAUUGUUCAGAUGAGGGAAAGAGAAUAUUAGUAGCAAUGUAAAUAUAAUUGAGUUAAUUUUUAAAGGAAAUAAGUAUCUUUUGUUAUGAUGCAUUGAGUAUAGUUGCAGUCAAAUGUAUUAAUAAGCUGUUUUAGCUUUAUCAACAGCUCCAUGUGGACGCGCCUGGUUUUGCCCGUAACAUAUGGAGGUGAGGUUUUAGGCUGAUAUCAGCGGUUUCCAACAUGGAAAUAUCCUUGAACUUGCUUUAAGCCUGGUUCAACCUGCUGGGGAUUCCAUGGGGGCACCGAUGGGACAGUAAUACCCUCGUCCCCCAUCUGGUGUGAGCCACUGAGUGCCCCAUGUGCUGUUAGGAGCCUUUGGAGCCACCUCCCAGAUGGACAGACGGACAGCUUUAUUUUAGGAUAGAUCGGAUCAGUGUGAACCAUGGAGAAGACUUGGACAAACCAUUGUUCUACGCUAUCUCAGCAUCGUCUCACACAAAGCAGAAUUGUCACCCUCUGCUCUGCGUGUCAUAGAAUUCAUAGCACAGGACUCCUUAACAAUAUCAUUACUGAUUGCUGGCCUGGCUUAUAUUUAAUCUCUACAUAGAUACCUCUCUAACAGCUCAACUUUGGGCAAGAUGAUUCUCUCUUCCCUUGACCAUUUUUGUGUCUCUGCUGACCCGUAAGACAAACCAUCAUGGUAAUUGCGUCAUUUUGAGUUCCGAUAACUUACUCUUUUGCCAUCCAAGAAAUUGUGCGGGACUUCGGUGUCAUCGCUUGGCAGAAAAUGUGAUUAAACGAACGUGAUGCAAAUUAACGCAGCCUUAGAACUGAAGUUUGUCCAAGUCUCGGUGCCCUUUUCAGGGAAUCUAGAGCAUCACACAGAUUCUUGCACGCAGUGCAGAAUGUCACUUGGAGGUAGAAGGUCCCCUAGUCCCAUCUUUAAUUAUCACAAAUAACCCUUUUUAGAGUUGUUAUGCCAUAUAAGCUCUUUGGAAACAGUACAAUUUUAUAAUAGUCUUCAAAUUGAGGGAUUAAAAUUUGAUUUUUCUGGUGGAACCUCACAGCUUUUAAAACUGUUGAUCUUGUGGAUCCGUUAUAAUGGACAGGAUGAAAUAUUUGAGGAAACCAGUGCAGAAAUAACUGUUUUGGUGAUCGUGGUGUUGAACAGAUGAAUUUGCAGAGCAGACUGAGGUUCUGAGUUGUGUUGUUUUAGUUUUCUGCAUGUUUAAUAGUGAAAGGAAGGAAAAAGGAGAAAGCCAGUGGCAUUAAUUCAUUCCUGCUAGUGCAAUUUGAUUUCUUUUAGGUGGCCUGGAAAAACAGGGUUUAGGCCACUGAAAUGCUUAUUGGGUAGUACCCCAAUUAUUUGGGAUUUGGGUGUCUAAUGUAUAGUACAGUGAAGAUGUGAAUCGCAUCGUUUUUGCAUUUUAAAGAGGCUGGUUGAUAGCAAGAAAUUGUCCUGCAGAAGAUUUUUAGAGAUUUACCAAAACAAUAGAAUUCUAACAGCCUUUUAGAAACUAUUUGCUAUUCUGGUAGAAUCCUAGAAGCUGCGGUCUUGUCUUCAUAAUUUGUUGUGAAUGGAAUGUAUUUAUAAGGACAGUGUUCCCUAACAGAAAUGAAGAGGUGACUCAAGAUAAUGACUUGCUUGAACCUGUAUUUUCUCUCCGCUUGCAGAGUAUUUGGCUCAUUAAUCACUUUAUUCCGAUACAACAUGUACUUUUACCUUUUUAGAAAAAUCUCGCUUUGGAAAAAAACUGUGAACUAUGAUCUAGAAUGAGUAAGGAACGCACAAGGAUUUAUCUGACAAACUAAGAUUGUAUUAUGGCUGUGGGUAACCAUUGGGUUGCAAACUGGCUUAAGGAGAGAAGCCAGAGAGUGGUAGUCAAUGGUGCGGAGUCCAGUUGGAGGCCAGUAUCUAGUGCAGUGCCUCAGGGGGCAGUGCUGGGGCCAAUAUUAUUCAAUAUAUUCAUUAAUUAUUUGAAUGAGGGAAUAGAGUGUACUAUCAGCAAGUUUGCUGGUGACACCAAGCUGGGAGGAGUGGUGACACGCCAGAGGCUGUGCUGCCAUCAGAGACCUGGACAGGCUGGAGAGUUGGGCGGGAAAAUGUAAUGAAAUAGAACAAGGGCAAGUGUAGAGUCUUGAAUCUGGGCAGAACAACCCCAGGUUCAGUGUAAGUUGGGGAAUGAGCUAUUAGAGAGCAGUGUAGGGGAAAGGGACCUGGGGGUGCUGGGGACAGCAGGGUGACCAUGAGCCAGCACUGGGCCCUUGUGGCCAGGAAGGCCAAUGGCAUCCUGGGGUGUAUUACAAGGGGGUGGUCAGUAGGUCCGAGAGGUCCUCCCUCCCCUCUACUCCGCCCUGGUGAGACCACACCUGGAAUCUUGUGUCCAGCUGUGGCCCCUCAGUUCCAGCAGGACAGGGAACUGCUGGAGAGAGUCCAGCGUAGGGCAACAAAGAUGAUUAAGGGAGUGGAGCAUCUCCCUUAUGAAGAAAGGCUGAGGGAGCUGGGGCUCUUUAGUUUGGAGAAGAGGAGACUAAGGGGGGACCUCAUUAAUGUUUAUAAAUAUAUAAAGGGUAAGUGCCAUGAGGAUGGAGCCAGGCUCUUCUCGGUGGCAAACAAUGAUAGGACAAGGGGUAAUGGGAACAAGCUGGAACACAAGAGGUUCCACUUAAAUUUGAGAAGCAACUUGUUCCUGGUGAGGGUGGCAGAGCCUGGCCCAGGCUGCCCAGGGGGUUGUGGAGUCUCCUUCUCUGCAGACAUUCCAACCCGCCUGGACAUGUUCCUGUGUAACCUCAUCUGGGUGUUCCUGCUCCAUGGGAGGAUUGGACUAGAUGAUCUUUUGAGGUCCCUUCCAAUCCCAAACAUACUGUGAUACUGUGAUUACGAAACAAAGCUACUGCUUGAUUAGAAAUCAAUCAAUGCCCUCCAAAUUGCUCCUGAAAAUCUUCCUUUCCACCACACAUGAAAAUUUUGCGUUUAUUCAGGCCCCACAUAUUCAAACCGGCAUUCUGACUGUUUUUAGGAAUGAGAGCACAGCUACUGAUAUUUCUGAGUCUCUUAAGUACUCAAGCCAAACUAUUUCCCACCACCGUAUCCUUUCCACCGUCAUUUCCGUGGCUCCCAAAGAGAAUAUUGUACUUUAAAACAUCUGACUCUUCUAAAUGAAGGGUGAAAUUGUGGGUACAGAAGAAAGAAUCAGGAUUUAACAACUUUACUGUACAUCAGAUCUUUGUAACUGUUGAAUGACUCAACCUAUUUAAUGGUAAUGGCCUUCAGCAAGUUUAGGAAAGAACAGGUUUUAGGUAAAGUAAAUACACUUAGUUCUGCAAUGAAUAAAUCAAUCUUCUGUGAAGUUGUGUAGAGACAUGUUUCUGUAACUCAUUAAUUGUACUCCUGGGUCCAUCACUAAGUAGGUUUUUCUCCAAAUACAGUGAUUUACAUGGGUUCAGAUGGGCUGAAUCCCGCUGGAAACGGGUUCCGAUGCAGACGGCGGUGUUAACGCUGGUGUCGUCGGCAUCUCCCACAGUCCUGUGCGGAGCCCGUGAAUUAUCACGAGUGUCUGGCCAGAGGAUAAAAGCGCAGGAGGUUUCAAAAGCAACAUUCGUAUAGUAGCAUCUCAUACGCUGCCUCCCAAACAACCGCUGCAUCUGGUGAUUAAACCUUUGCUCUUCAUCUCAAACACGAGUACCAAAUAGAUGCUUCCUCCCAGCACUUUCAUAUAUAUAUAUAUAUAUAUAUAUAUAUAUAUAUAUAUAUAUAUAUAUCAAUGUGUGUGUAUUUGGUUUUUUCUUAUGGUCAUCAGCGCCUCAUGUCUGCUUCUAAUAUACCAAUUCUUGUGUUCUUUUUAGUAGAACUUCAUGCCCUGAAGCAAUUAGGCCUUUCUAGAGAAGACUCUUAUAUAUUUAUCAUUCCAUUUUCAGUCUGUCAAACAUCUCCAGAGCUUGUUUGGUUUUCAUUUCCUUGCCCUCCUUUAUUAUAAAUACUUUAUGGUGUAAAGGUAACAUUUCUCUCAUAAGACUCUCGUGUACAUUUGGCUGGUAUUGUGGGGCAUGGGAACUUAUGGAACUUAUCGCAAAUAAUCACUUCUUACAUAUUAAAAUAGUUAUUUUGCUUCUCUGUUCUGUGGUGUUAUGGCACCUUUAACCCUAAAAUGACCACUCCCCUCCAAACUGCUCUUUUGCAAUAGCGUAAUUUAAAAUCCUGUUAUCACUCUAUGCUUUGAGAUAUAAAUCUAGUGUAUCUGAAAAGUAGGCCUGCAAGAAUGGAGUAUUUUUAGAAAGCCAAGAGAAGUCACCUUAUUACUUAGGUUAGGAAGUUAGGCGGGGAUUAAGGAGGAUGGAAAGUACCAGUGGUGAGAAAGGAUCAAGUCAGGGAUGACUUGAGAAUGAAUUAGAGGAUGGUUGGGGUUGGAAGGGACCUCUGGAGACCAUCCGGUCCAACCCACCUUUCAAUGGACAUCUGCAAGUCAAUCUUGGUACUAAAAAUAGAAUAAUUAGUAUUGUUUGUACUGUGGUUCAUCAUUACCAUAGUUCAUCAUGUCAUCAGCAGCAGAAUACUAAACAGAAAUGAAAGAUUUUGUCCGAAAUCCUAAUAUUUGAUGAUGUAUUUUACCCUUGGCAAGACGGCAGCUAGGUUUGCAUUUCUGCUGUUUAUCCUUUAUGAAAUAACAUUAAUAAGUGAUAUUUUAGGUAGAGAAUAAUUAGUCAUUCUCAUGGAGUGAGUGAUUUAAUAUGUUGUUAUCAUCUGUGUAAUAUUUUAGUGAGAGUAGAAUGUAUUUGGGUUGGGUUUGACUUUGGGAAUGACUCAGAGGACUUCCUAGAACAUAGAUUAUCUGACAAAAACAGUAGUAAAGUCUUUGUGGCACGUCAGGACGUUCUUCCUGCGUGCAUACAGGUAAUUUGGGAUGCUGACUAACAUGUGCUGCUUUAAUUAGCUUAUACUUUUAUUUUUUUCCCCUUUUUUUCUUUCAUAAAAGGCUUUUGAACUGGCUUUCCCAUAGAGUCAUGUUGUAGCAUAACUCCCUUUUGAAAUCUGCUGAUUAAGUCUUCAAAUUCAGCAAAAGAUGUUAUUUGCUGCGCAUUUUUCCAAUUCUGCCGCAGAGACAAUAUGACCUAAAUAUUUAAUCAGGCUUAGCAGAAUUGUCUUCUUUUUUUUUAAUUGGCGAAGAUUAGUCUAUUUUCUCUGAGCUAAUACAUGUGGCAUGUAUGUCUUCAAGACUUUUCUCUCAAUAACGUUAAAGAUUUAUAGUCUUCCUAAAAUCUGCAACGCAUUGAGAGGAAGAUUAUGAGUUACAAUUACUUAAACGCUAGCACUGGGAAUUUUUCUUUUGAAUCUUGGUUAUGCUGUUUCAGACUAGAUUGUAUUUAUAGAGGAGUUACUGAAUACUGGUUUUAUACCAUUUUUCUAUACCUCGCCCAAUUUGCUACAUUUCUUCCUCCCCCUCUUCCUCCCCCUCUUCCUCCCCUCUUCUCUUAUUUUCUUUUCCUUUUUCUCUUCUCCUCCUCUCCUUUCUUCUCUCUCCUCUCCUCUUCCUCUUGCUCCUCCUCCUCCUCCUCCUUUUCUUCCUCUUCCUCCUCUUCCUCCUCCUCUUCCUCCUUCUCUUCCUCCUCCACUUCCUCCUCCACUUCCUCCUCCACUUCCUCCUCCUCCUCUUCCUCCUCCUCUUCCUCCUCCUCUUCCUCCUCCUCUUCCUCCUCCUCUUCCUCCUCCUCCUCCUCCUCCUCUUCCUUUUCCUCCUCCUCUUCCUCCUCCUCUUCCUCCUCCUCUUCCUCCUCCUCUUCCUCCUCCUCUUCCUCCUCCUCUUCCUCCUCCUCUUCCUCCUCCUCUUCCUCUUCCUCUUCCUCUUCCUCUUCCUCUUCCUCUUCCUCUUCCUCUUCCUCUUCCUCUUCCUCUUCCUCCUCCUCCUCCUCCUCCUUCUCCUCCUCCUCCUCUUCCUCCUCCUCUUCCUCCUCCUCUUCCUCCUCCUCUUCCUCCUCCUCUUCCUCCUCCUCUUCCUCCUCCUCUUCCUCCUCCUCUUCCUCCCCCUCUUCCUCCUCUUCCUCCUUCUCCUUCUCCUCUUUCUCCUUCUCCUCUUUCUCCUUCUCCUCUUCCUCCUCCUCUUCCUCCUCCUCUUCCUCUCUCCUUCCUCCUCCUCCUCCUCUUCCUCCUCCUCCUCUUCCUCUCCCUCCUCCUCCUCUUCCUCUCCCUCCUCCUCCUCUUCCUCCUCCUCCUCUUCCUCCUCCACCUCCUCUUCCUUCUUCUCCUCCUCUCCCUCUCCCUCUUCCUCCUCUUCCUCCUCUUCCUCCUCUUCCUCCUCUUCCUCCUCUUCCUCCUCUUCCUCCUCUUCCUCUUCCUCCUCUUCUCCCUCUCCCUCCUCCUCUCCCUCCUCCUCUCCCUCUCCCUCCUCCUCCCCUUCCUCCUCCCCUUCCUCCUCCCCUUCCUCCUCCCCUUCCUCCUCCUCCUCCCCUUCCUCUUCCCCUUCCUCUUCCCCUUCCUCUUCCCCUUCCUCUUCCCCUUCCUCUUCCCCUUCCUCUUCCCCUUCCUCUUCCCCUUCCUCUUCCCCUUCCUCUUCCUCCUCCUCUUCCUCCUCCUCUUCCUCCUCCUCUUCCUCCUCCUCUUCUCCCUCUCCCUCUCCCUCUCCCUCUGCCUCCCCCUCCGCCUCCCCCUUCUCUCCCUCCUCCUCCUCUCCCUCCUCUCUCUCUUCUUUCCUUUCUUUCCCUUUUUUUGGUCGUAUUUACUCAGCCAAUACUGGAGCUUCCUCCCUGCCUUCUCAUUUGAUACCAACUGCUGGGCAAGAUCAAGCAAUGUCAGGAUCAGAGAAGGAAACAUAUUCAGUUUCCAGAAACAUGAGUAGAUAAAAUUCUCAAGUAUCAGGUAGUGUACAGGUCUGUUCACAGAUGGCAGGUUCAAGUUAUUUUAGGUACAUUUUUAUUCAAAAAUACACAUUAUUCAUGGUUAGCAAAUGAGCCUUUUCUGUAUCGGUAUUCACGUUUUAUUUUAUUUAGGUCUAUUUUUUCAGUUCCCCAACCACUACAUGUAGUAGAGAAAGUUUCAUCCAGGGAAUCACAGCUGAUCUGAUGGGAGAGAUGGAACUACCGGAUAGAUUCCUGGCACUUUAGUCUCCAAAAUACUGAUGCUAAACUCUCUUGGUUUAGACCUGAACAUUUGAGGGUUCUGUGGCUUUUAUAUCUAUGAUUAUUAAAGACAAAGAAUGUUGGUAACUCAAGGUUUAAUGGAGCAUAUGGAGAAGGCGUUAGAUGAGUUAUUUUAUUUUCACUACCUCAAAAAAAAAGAAAAUAGUGAAAGUUUAUUAUUAUGUAAGAACAUAUAUAUAUUUUUCACCUGGGGUAACACAAGCCUGCCCUGAUUUCCCAGACUUAGGUAACCCCACACUCCACUCUUUAGCUAUUAGAAGUUGGCACUGCAAUGUUUUGUUACAAGAAUUCAAAGUGUUGAUCCGAUGGCUUUUAGUUUUUAUAAGAGGGAUUUAUAAGCUUCUUCUUGAGUGAUAUUUUAGUACUGUGUGAGCUAAAGUUUUGUCCUCGGGGUAAACAGAAUACAUGAAUAAUAUGGGCACACACACCAUGAAUCAAACAUAAUGUUCUUUAUUUUCUGCGAUGUUCUUUAUUUUAUUGCUUUUUCGAGCUUUUUAGUACUGUAUUGUAGCUAAAGAUUGCCUUUUACUGUAGAGUAAAAGUAAAAUGCCCCAUAAAACAU